AUGAUGAUUUCCGUCACUCCUCAUUCGUCAUUAUGUGAAAACAAAGAGGUUCAGAAGGAGAUUUCAUUCAACAACAACAGGCAACAUUCUUCCGAAGAGGAUUCUCUUGCUCGAUGGUUUCAAAUGUUGUCUCAAAGUCGAACGGAGUCGUUGAAUCAUGUCAGUGAGGUCGUGACAGAUGUUUUGACUUUUGACAAUUCUUCCACAACCUAUUCUACAAGAGAAAUCACAACCAAUUAUCCAUUAUUGAAUUUUAGUGAAUACAUUGGUUUACUUGUUUCUCAACAGGAACAAAUCCACCUUGACGAAUUACAAAUUCAUCAAAAAAUUCUUUCACAUCGUUCGGAAUUUGUGAACAAUUACAAAAAUGUGGAAAAGACAGUGAUUCAAGAAAUAUCCAAGUUUUAUGGUAUUCAUGUUCAACAAGAUGAAUUAUUUACAACUUAUAGGUUUUUGGAUGAUGAAGAAAUAGGACGAGUUCAGUGUUUCAAUUUACAAGAAAUGAGAGAUUUGACAAGUGACAAGCGAGGUCCCACCCUGCUACAUCGGGCGUGUCAAUACAAUUAUCCCAACUUGGUUGCAUUUUUAAUUCGAUAUGGAGUAGGAGAAGGAGGAUCCAGUGCGUUUUCAGUAUUGGAUCAUAACAUGUCCACUCCUUUACAUUACGCUUGCAUGUCAGGAGCUUUGGAAGCCGUGACAGUUUUAUUAAGCUUACAUCGAAAAUGCGUAUUUGAUGAAAUUGACAUCAUUUCCAUGAAGGAUAGGUUUGGAAAUACUCCUUUACAUUUAGCCAUGCAAAAUUCGCAUUUUGAAAUUUUACAAACUCUCAUCAAUGAUCAACCUCAAUUUAUUAAUUUGAAAAAAACUGGAAAUUCACAAUCGCUUCUUCACAUUUCAGUUGAGAAUUUCAAUGUAAAAGGAUUGAAAUUUAUUUUGGAACAAAAUUCACAUCGAAAUCCAAUUUUUCACACAUUGGAUCAAUUUAAAUGUUCUCCAACGCUUUAUGCCAUCAAAUGUUAUUCGAAAGAUGAAAAAGAAGAACAAGUUGCACAAUGGACACGAGCAUCGUCGUCUCAUACAGUUCAAUUUUCACCCGUUUCGACUUUGAAUCGAUGGAUUCCUUCCGGAACAAGUUCAUUACAAGAAAACUCUCCAAAUUUGGAAAAUGAGAAUUCUGAAAAUUUGUUGAUGAACUCAUUGAUAGAUUACCAAGACAACCCCAAACGUUGGAAUCGAUUGUAUUUUCUCUCCUAUUUAAUAUCCAAAGAAAUUGAAUGGUGA